UCUUAAGUAGUGACUUGAGUCUAUUAGUCCCCGCUCGUUGAUUGUUACUCCUUAUGAACAUCACCCCCUCAAACUGUUUGACAGAGCGAAAGCAAAGGAUACUUAACAGCGGCCAGAGGAAGAGAGAGAGAGAGAGGGGGCGAAGGGCUGAGGGAGCCAUGAAGUUGCAGGCGGUGAUGGAAAACCUGCAGAGGCAGCAGCGUGCGCGGCUCGAGCUCGAGGCCCGGCAGCAACAGCACGAGCAGCAUCAUUACCACCACCAGCAGUCUCCGCGCGCGCGGCUCCAGGCCCAGCCACAGCAAAUUCAAAUGGAGCAACGCGAGCCCCGCAGACCAACGGCCGAGACUUCCAACGACAACAAAAUCCUGGCAAAUGCGCAGCAGCAAAUCGCUGCACAACAAACCGCAGCACUGGCCGCCAUGAGAGCAGCGGCAGCUGCCGCGGGGGCUGACGCUUCGGCCCAACGCGGCCACGACGAAGACGACGAAGAGGAACUGGGUAUGGAACGAGGCGAGAGCCCGAGGCUUUCCGAGAGCAGCGAGGCCUUAUCUGGGGGAGAAGAGAUGGAGCGGGGAGAGGAAGAGGAGGAGGCGUCGGAGCAGCGUUAUCCUGAUCCUCUAGGGUCCGAGGAAGACAUGGCUGCUGAGGAAGGGGAGGAGGAAUUCGAGGACGAGAUGGCCGAGGAAGAGGGGAGCGGAGUAAAGGAGGAGAGGGGGAUGCACCACUGUACUGAGGUGCAUCGUCUGCCCGGACAGCGGCGCCCUGUAACCGGGCUCCCUUACCAGCCACACCCGCAGAUGCAGCAAGUCCAGGAUCAGGCCGAGUGGACGUAUGAGGAACAGUUUAAACAGCUCUAUGAGCUAGACAAUGAUCCAAGAAGGAAGGAAUUUUUGGAUGACCUUUUCAGUUUCAUGCAGAAGAGAGGUACUCCAGUCAAUCGGAUUCCCAUAAUGGCUAAGCAGGUUCUGGACCUCUAUAUGCUCUAUGCGUUGGUCACUGAGAAAGGGGGCCUAGUGGAGGUCAUUAAUAAGAAGCUUUGGAGGGAAAUUACCAAAGGCCUCAACCUACCCACCUCUAUCACAAGUGCCGCCUUUACACUCAGAACUCAAUAUAUGAAAUACCUGUACCCAUAUGAAUGUGAGAAGAGAGGUCUGAGCUCUCCUAAUGAACUGCAGGUUGCUAUUGAUAGCAAUCGACGAGAGGGUCGAAGACAUGGCUUUGGAUCAACUCUUUAUAGCUACUCUCCUAGUGGAACAUCUUCAGUGCUAUCCUCUCCAAAAUUGCAAGUGCCUACACUAAGUCUAGCAACAACUAAUGGCAGCCCUAUAAGUCAGCUCGUAAAAAUAAAGAAAGAGGAGGAUUCAAUUAUUCCAUUAUCUUUGGGAGGUAGACUCCCUAUCUCACUGACUGGUCACCAGGUAGCGGCAGCACAGGCUGCUGCAGCUCAGGCUGCAGUAGCUGCACAAGCUUCGGCAUUAGAUCAACUGAGAGAGAAACUGGAGUCUGGAGAGCCUCCGGAGAAGAAGAUGGUAGUUGGGGUGGAUGAACAGCAGCGGCUGAUGCAGCGUGCUAUUCAGCAGAAUCUACUCGCCAUGACAGCCCAGAUACCGAUGAGCAUCAGAAUCAACAGUCAAGCAGACCGCCAGGAAUCGGCAUUGAACCUUACCACAAAUGGCAUGAGCAGUAUCAGUAUGUCAGUGGAGAUCAAUGGGGUUGUUUACACAGGUGUUCUGUUUGGUCAAGGACCUGGCGUAUCUGGUGUAUCCAGCACCAAAGGAAAUAGCAGCAAAAAUAACAGUUCCCAAGGCACACCUGGUCUGCCUGUACCUCGUACACCUACCUCCUCAUCAUCACAUACUUCAAACAACUCUUCACCGUGAGACUGCAGCUGUAACAAUGCCAACUUCUUGAGCAUAGUGCAUCACCGCCAAACACUUUAAAAGGCAUUCUCAGGCUUUUAACUCUCAAGGAAAAUAACUUUUUUGAUCACAAGAGAUUUUAAUAGAAUGGUCAAAACUGAGAGCAAACAGUUAAGCAUAAUCCAACUCUGCUUAUAAACUUUCUUGGGUCACUGAAUGAGAUCCAGGAGCAGCUAUAUACUACUAAUACCUCAAAUAUCUACUUAAUCUUUAAUCAAGACUUAUCAUUGGUUACAUUUUUCUUUUCAGCCAAAUUCAGCAUUUAAAGAAUAUAUAUGCAUUUCCAUGAUGUGCUUUGAAAUUUAUAAGUGAAUAUUGAUAUUUUUUGAAGGAAAAGAAAAUUUCAACUACAUCUAUGAUAUUCUUAUUACUUUUGGUAUGUUCAGUUACUGCCGAACAAGAAAGGGAUAAGCUAUUUCAGCGUAUAUCCAUUUAUAUAGAUCAUUCUUAUACAUGUAGCAAUACACAGACUUUUACAGCUGUUCAGCAUAUUUAUUAUAUACAAUACUUUUUAAUAUAUUUUAAUUUCACAUCACAGGACUCUAAUACAGUGGAGCAAUCUUGAGGUCAUUUUUUUCUGGCAAAUAUAAUUAAGAUCUUAAAGGAGCAUUCCAUUCUAAUCAAAGCCUGGACCAUUGUAAAUAGCAAUUUGGGGGGAAAAAUGAUAAAUUUUAAAAGUGCUGCUCAUGUAAUCUUUCCUUUAGUUCUGAUGGUAUAUGUUUGCACAAACCUCCAAUGUGCAUACAUUUCUCUCUUAAAUGCACCAUUUUGAGUAUUAAUUUAGCAGGGCUGGGACUGCAAAUUACUUCAUAAUAUGUGCUAAGAGCUGGUGCAUUACCCAUUAAGUUUUCUGGAAAUGACAAAAGAACUAAUCUCACGUUUUUAGCCUGACGUUCUUCAGAAAUAUUAGUGCCAGUUUUUAAUAACUUUAAGGCAGCAUGGAAUUCUGCUGGCUAAUCUCCCUAAAGUUUUGCUAUGACAAUGAAGGGAAAAUCUCAUUCAAAUUUACCGUCUGUCACUAAAUAUAUGUGGUUUUAUUUAGUAAAUGCAAUGUUGUAGAGUAGAUUAUUUUCAAAAUUUGCUAAGGACAUCUAACAUAAGGUAUUAUUAGUUAUUAAAUCACUGUUGAUUGCAAAACAUACCUCAGCUAAAGCAUUAGCAGAGCAAUAAAUAUAACAUUAGAAAUUUAUAAAGACUUGUAGUUACAAAAGCUUUGUGCAGACAUUGAUUUUAUAAGUUGGAUCUUAAGUGUUCAUGAAUGGUAUUGGAUUUGCUAGUCAUUGAUCUUUCGUGAGCUCCACUGCAUUUACUGUAGUAUUUAAUGGGGCAUUUGAAGUAAAACAUUUUAUACAGAAAUCAGCUUUGUGUUCAUACUGUGAAAAUAUACAUUUUUAGAGCGUAAGCCAGUGCAUCACCAUUGAACCAGAUAUUGUAUGGAAAAACUAUUCUGCCUGAAGUUAUAAAAAAUGUAUAUCUAUAUCUAUCCUACAAUUCUGAGGUUAUUGUUGCAAAGAGAGUGAAAACCUGCCUUAUGAAAGUGUUAUAUGUUCUUUGAGAGGAUGCAGUUAACAAGUUCAGUAUUUUAUUUGUAGAUUUUCAAUCAAGUGCUUUUAUUCCACUCCGUGAAAGCAAUUGUUUAUUGAACAGCAAAUUUUCCUUUUUCAUUUAUUUACACUUACACUACAGUUUAUGUAGCCAAAUGUGAUGAUGUACUGCCUUCAUCAUGCCUUCAGUGUGCUUAACAUAGCAUGCCAACAUGCUGAAAUUAAUUUUGUACCAUCGCAUUGAAAUUAAUGAAAAGCAAAUAUUGCUGGAGACAAUAUCUUUACUUCUGAUACAUGUUAUUGGGUUUUACUGGAUGUAAUCAGUGGGUUGGGUGUGAUGGGGUGAAGUCCUAAUCUGGAAUUAUUGAAAGCUGGUAUCAGCUUCUUGAAGAAACUAUUCCCAUUGAAAUAAAUAGAAAAGUAAUUAGUUGUAACAUACUGCCAUUGCUGAUAGAUUUACUUAUAUGGUUUUUUAGAGGUGGUAUUCAAUUAUAUUGUCCUAUCUCUGAAUAUUAGAAGUCAAAUAUAAUUUACUUUUCUAAAGUGUGAUGCAAGUGAGGGUUUUUGUUUUUGCAGUCAUUGGUGAUGGUUAUAUUGUGCAAAUACUUUAAAUCAAUUGGGUUUAAAUCAAUUUAAAAGAUUUGAAAAAAAGAAUAUACAAUGGCUUUACAAUAAGACUGUUUUGAGGUUGCUGCAUAAUAUAUAAAUAUUUAGACAAACCAUGUCACCUGAGGCAUUUUUAAGCUACAAGUAUAAUUAAUCCUACACAUGGAGUAUGCUUUUUUAUUUUUUCCCCUACUUUCUGCCGAUUUUUCUCCUCUUCUGAAGGCCUUAUCUCUUAUUAGAUAUGAUUCCAUAGGUAAGCAUUUUCCUGCGGCACCAAUAUAUAGCCAGUAUUGACAGGCUAUUUGACUGUAGUGAGUAACAUAGCGAAACCCAAGCUUAUCCAAUUGGCACACAUGGGUUUCCAGCUUCCAGGAGUUGCUGGCUAGUGAUCAGUGGUUAAUCCUAACUGAAAACACUGAAGCCAGUUGUAAUUGAGCAGGUUUUAACAGUACCUUCUUGGAUUUUUACUUUGGAAUUUUGUUUUUAAAGACUAAUGUCUCUUGACUUAAUGUAUCUACAAGACUGGGACCUGCUAAGUAAAGAAAGAACGUGUAUUUAUAUAGAUUGUUUCACAUCCCUGGGUUGUCCAGAGCACUUCUUUGUCAACAUUUUUUUAAACGUGGUUACUGUUCUAUAGUUAAAUGUGACAGCUAAUUUAUACAUAAGAUCUUGCAAACAGGAAAAAAAUUGCAUUAAAUCAUGGGAUGCGGACCUCACUGACAAGGCCAGCAAUUAUUGCCCAGCCCUAAUUGCCCUUGGUGAUGAAUGGGUGGAAAUUUACCUUGACUACAACUGAGUGGCUUGCAAGGCCAUUUAAGAGCAAUUAAGAGUCAACCACAAUGUCAUGGGUCUGGAGUCACAUACAGGCCAGCCCGAUUUAGGAGAGCAGAUUUCCUUCCCUAAAGGACAUUAUUGAACCAGAUAGGUUUUUACAACAAUCCGGUUGUUUUAUAGUCACCAUUAUUGAUACUCAACAUUUUUCCCCUAGAUUUAUUUAAUUAACUAAAUUUAAAUUCCUCAUCUCAGGAUGAUUAGUCCUGGCCUCUGGAUUAUUAGUCCACUAAUGUAACCACUAUGCUACUGUACCCCUAAGAUGAAUGAUCAGUUAAUCUUUUUUUAGUGGUGUUAGUUAAAGGAAGAAUGUUGGCUGGGACAAUGGGAGAACUCUUUGCUGUUGAAAUAGUGCUAUGUUUUUAAAAAAUUCUUUUGAACAAAUGGACAGGGCCUUCGUUUAAUAACCUACCAAUAAACAACAACCUUUAAUAAUGCAACACCCCUUCAGGACUGCACAGAAAUGUCAGUUAAAUUGUUUGCUCAAGUCCUAAAUUGGAGUUUUGAAGCAGAUCCUUCUAAUUAUUCAACUAUUCAGUAUUUCAGUCAAGACUUGUUUGUUUCUAGGUACCACUUUUGCAGCUGGAUAAUGUCAGAUGUUUAUGGAAGAAGGAAAUACUGAACAUUGGGCACAGUGGUGAUGCUUAAAUUAGUGUUUGGAAGAUAGUUGUCUAAUUUUCUUUUACCCUAAAUGUUUCCAACAUUCAGUAUGCACACUUAAAGCAGGUUAUAAUACGCCAUAAAAGUGUUAGAUUAUUUUAUUUCCUGUAACACUUUCUCCAGGUUUACAUAAUUAAACUAAUAAUGCAGUUAAAUUUAGAGAUAAUGCUAUUGAUUCUGAGAUGUAAAGGUAUGUAUCUUCAUAAAUUCUGGCUUUUUACUCUGGCACUAAAAUGAGUUGCAGAUAACUACCUCAUCAUCCUUCUAUGAUUAUCAGAUUCUAUCCGGGAGUAAAAAGAAUUCACUGAAUGCAUUACCAGCUUGCCAGAAAGGAUGAAUCUGGGCAAUUGUUUUGGCCCAGUGGAGCUGCUUUUGGGUUUAUUGGGGUGAGGGGGGAGGGGGGGUAAAGUAUUGCAAUGAGGCUAGGACCUGUCUGCCCUUGGGAUCUUGACCUUUUUACAUUGCAGCAAGAUAGCGGUAGGAAAUAAUCUAUUAAAUAUGCAAUUUCCUGUCCCUCAUAAUAAAGCUUUGCUACUCUCAGCUUUUAUUGCUGUGAUAAAAUGAUAAUUUAUGUUCAGAGAUAAUAGUGCAGGGAGGUUAUAUUGGCUUUUAAAAAAAAUCAAUAUGUUGUUGUAGUUGACCCAAUGACCUAAGCCUUUUGGGGAUGGGAUGGAUACUCAGUUGUUGCUGGCAAAUGUGGUUCUUUUGUAUGGCGACAAGUUGUGCCAGAUUGAUUUCCUUUAUGUAAUCUAUUGCUUGUACAGCACUCGGAAAUAGUGAUAAAUUAGUAAACUGAAUUGUAUCUCUAUCUUUGCCUAGUUGGUAUUUGUAGUGAGCUGCACUUUUGACAUUUUAGACCUGAUUCUGCUAUUGGGUUUAAUAAAUAUUGUAGAAUUACAAAGAAUAUACAGCACAAAUUGUAUCUCUGUCUUUGCCUAGUUGGUAUGUGCAGUGAGCUGUAGUUUCAACAUUUUUAGACAUGAUUCUGCUUUUGGGUUUAAUAGAUUUAUGCUGAUUUAGUUCUACCAUUUCAGGGAACAGAACUUAAUUCAGUGUCUAUCUGCUUGUUAGUUGGUGGCCAAUUUUCAAUAUUUGCCCCAACUGUUUUUUUAAUAAGACGACCUUUCUGAUCUUUUGUUAUGUUUACUUUUUCCAACACUAGAAUAAAAAAAAUCUUAAACUGCAUAUCUUGAGGAAGGUUUGUUGUGGUUCCUGUGUGCUAGUGACAUUGUAAAUGUAAUGGAAAAAAUUCUGAUUGCUAUAUCUAAUGAAAUUUCUCUCAUUUUUUUGAUAGAAAGAGUAGUUAGAGAGAACUUCUGUUUAUAAUGUCAACAGUGAUUAGAGGAAAGCUUUGAUAUCGGAAACUAGCUGCUUGUACACUGUGCAACUAAUAAUUAAAAAGAAUGAAAGAUGCAUAAGGGACUCUGUGCCUUACACAAAAUAUACCUCCACUUUUUUAACAGGAAUAUUGCCAUUUAAGUAUUGAGAUACCAAUAAACAUCAGCAGGCUUCAGAUUUGGGAUUUGAUGCUAUGAAGAAUUUUAGGUUGAAAAUUAGCAUUUAAAUAUGGUUGUGGCUAACAGCUGUCAAUCUCAAGCCCAAAACCAAUAGCUGCUACUUGGUCAAGAGCUUUAAACAUCAUAGUGGAUUAAGUAGUGAGCUGUAUUGUGAAAACUGCAUCCGCUGUGUUGAAGUAAUGCAAAAAAAAGUCUCAAAUGUGCAAAUUAGUUAAGUUGAGCUUAGUGAUAAUGAAAAUACAUAUUCUGCAAAACAAAUCAAAAUAUGAGGCAUUGACUUUUGAGUAAUAGACCUAAAAUGAGAGGGCAGAUUUCAAAUUGUCCCUUUUUUGGUGAAAUAUGAUUACAACCAUUUUAAUACAACAUACUACAAGCACUUUCAUCUGUACCCUUCUUUUGUUCCUGAUAUUUCCUUUUGUUCAAAUGUGCCCUGCACUGCAUGUUCACAGGACAGAAUUUAUAUUGUGUUCAAACAUUCAAGAACAUAAUAUGGUAUUAGAACUAUGUUACUGAGAUUCCUUGAUGAGAAUGUGCACUAUGUGUUGUGGUACCAAGCUAUAGACAGCAGAAGGUUAGUUCUGCCAAUUUGGGGUGCUACAGUUUGGUCAUGCUGACCCUGGUGGGAGAAAAUCAGAAAAUGCUACUGUUGAAAUGGGUAGAAGGGAGGAAAAUGAUUUUUAGAAACUUAUUAGUAUGUAUACUUCUGAGUAAACCAAAGGAAAUUGCUAAUUGCUGCACCACUUAAAUUGCUGUACAAUAUGGACCCAGUAAUCAACAUAAACCUUAGAAAUUAAAAAUCUUUUUAGGCUUUAGAAAUGGAAGCAUUUGCUGUAAGCAAAAUCCUACCAGUUUCUGGAGCUACCUGGUUAAAAAUCUAUGGUAUGCCCAAAUCUGAACUAGUAAAUGGUAUUACCAGGGAAGUUCAGACCAAAAAGUUUUCAGUAACAAGUAACUUAGAAUUUUUGAACUGUUGUUAGAAAUGCUUUUUGAAACCCAAUGCAAACUGGAGGAACAGCACCUCAGCUUCCUAUUAGGCACUUUACAGCCUUCCUGACUUAACAUUGAGCUCAACAACUUCAGAACAUGGACUCUCCUCUAUC